CACUCCAGCUCUCUGUGAUAAGUGUAGCCGUUGGAAUGCUAUGCUCUUCCCUCACUUCCUGUCCUUAUCAAGCCUUCCCGACAAGCUGCAUGAUGCAUGCAAUGGAAGGACAGACGACCGCCACCCCUCCAGCCACUGGAUCGAUCCUCAAAAUUCUGCUGUCUGACUAGCCUUUCUGUCGGCGUUGCCUUUACCGCAUAAUCACACAACGUCAACUUAGCAGAAGCCUCUAUAAUUGACCUCUCCCUCAUCCUAUCUUGUCGGAAUUGACCCUAGAACUUCCGGGUUUCGUUCACCGUCUUUUUGGCGCUCAGCUUGGUGUUCAAACGAUCAAUGGCUGGAAGUAUCUCGUACGACCGAUCAAUUCCUUCUCCCUAAACGGCCAGUGAAGAAUUAUACUAUAUAUGACUAGGGCGUGACACCAUGACCGGCGUUCAAGACAACGACGAGCUACUGCUGGCUCGCAUUGGUUAUCGACAGGAACUACAACGCGAAUUCUCGAAGUGGUCGACCAUCUCCUACGCUAUCUCGAUCUUGGGAAUCCUCGGUUCUGUUCCAGCGACCUUCGGUGCUCCCUUGGCCGCAGGGGGUCCGGCCACAGCGGUAUGGUGCUGGUUUGUGGGUUCCUGUAUGGCACUAUGCAUCGGCAGCUCGGUAGCGGAGCUUGUGUCAGCAUACCCCACAGCUGGGGGCAUGUACUUCGUCACCAAGCAUGUCGUGCCAGAAGAAUAUGUGCCCAUCUUUUCCUGGAUUCAAGGUUGGUGUAACCUCCUGGGACAGACAGCAGGGGUUGCUAGUGUGGUCUACACCGUCAGUCAGAUGCUGCUCGCUGGUGCUAGCAUGAACUCGGCAUUGGUCGAUGGGAAAUACUCUUACUCCCCAUCUGCAUCCGAAACCGUUCUUCUGGCUGUGGUCCUCCUGUGCCUCCUAGGCGUGGUAUGCUCGAUGACCACCAGAUCAUUGCACCGCAUAAUUGCCUGGUUUGCCCCAAUCAAUACCAAACCUAACGAUAUAGUUACCGCCACUGUCUGCAUCUGCGUCACGCUACUAUGGUACACGCCUAACAAACAGCCCGCCGUCUGGGUGUUUACCCACUUCACCGAUGGGUCCGGCUGGGGCUCUAAAGUGUUCUCCUUCCUGCUGGGCUUCAUCUCCGUGGCUUGGGUACUAACCGACUACGAUGGCACGACUCACAUGUCUGAGGAGACCCACGAUGCGGCCGCCCUCGGGCCGAUCGCCAUCCAGACCGCCGUGCUCCUCUCUGGCGCUCUCGGUUGGCUACUGACGAUAUGCCUCUGCUUCUGCCUCACGGACUACGAAGGCAUCCUCAACACGCCCACCGGCCUUCCCGCCGCGCAGAUCUUCUUGAAUGCCGGAGGCCCUGUCGGAGGCUCAAUCAUGUGGGGGUUUGCGAUUCUUGUGCAACUCUUCACCGGCUGCUCCGCAAUGUUGGCCGAUACACGAAUGGUCUAUGCAUUUGCCCGUGACGAAGCCCUGCCAUUCUCCUCGUUCCUCUCCCGCAUCAAUCCCCGAACCCAGACCCCUCUCAACGCCGUCUGGUUUGUCGUCCUCUUCAGCAUCAGCCUGACCUGCAUCGCCAUCGGGUCCACGCAAACCGCCACCGCAAUCUUCAGUAUCACGGCCCCGGCCCUCGACCUCUCUUAUGUCUCCGUGAUCCUCGCCCACCAGAUAUACCGCCACCGGAUCCAAUUUGUCCAGGGGCCUUUCACUCUCGGCAAAUGGGGCCCCCACAUCAAUUGGGUCUCGAUCGUCUGGGUGACGUUCAUCAGCACGGUGCUCUUCUUCCCUCCGCACGUGCCGGUGACGCUCGAGAAUAUGAACUACGCGAUCUUCGUCGGGGCAUUUAUCGCUGCAUUUGCACUGGUGUGGUGGUGGGCUGCUGCAAGGGGACGAUACACCGGACCACGGAUCAACGAACAGUUCGAGCCUGUUGCCACGGAUGAGGAUUAUGGGACGUUUCGGGAGACGGGUUCGAAUGCCAUCUAGUAUAGCUUACAGUCUUCCAGUUUCUGGAGGAUGCAACACCUACAGACAAGUUUAUUGUCAGCGCGCACGCGCGAGCGAGCGCGAGAGUGUGUGUGAGUGCAGUGAUCAUUUCAUCCUGCCUCAGCACACAAAUUGAGAAAUGGAAUUGGAAUAUCGGCAAGAGAAGUGAGAUUGAUGCGCAUAGAAGUGGACAAUUUUUCGGGCUACAUGUCAACUAUUUAAGAACCCCUCAUUGUUGAAAGAUAAUCCAUGGACAC